UUUUUCUUUUUUGUGUUUUGUGAAACUCUCUCUACACCAAUAAUGAAACUCUUAAUUCUCUAACAAAAAAUUAUUUUUCCCAAUUUUUUUUGAUUCCAACCCCUCCUCCCAUUUUUCUUUUUUGCUCUCCCUCUAGGCCAUCCCAUUUUCCCUUAAUUCACUUUUUAUAAAAAAAAAAAAAAAAAAAGUUUGGAUUUUAUUUAUCUCUUUGCAUUUUGUCCCAAAAAAAUGGGUGGUUGUUGCUCAAAGGCAGAGAAUCCUGCACAAAAUAAUGAAGAAAUUGCACAAUCAUAUUCAAAACAAGAAGAAUCACAUGCAGGAAACAAUGACAUGCAAGGUUCAACCACACCAUCAAAAAGUCCUCCACCACAUGCAUCACCAAACCAUUCGUCGAAGCCAUCGAAGGCAGCCCCAAUAGGGCCAGUUUUAGGAAGGCCAAUGGAGGACAUAAAGGCAACAUACACCCUAGGAAAAGAACUAGGAAGAGGGCAAUUUGGUAUAACACAUUUGUGUACACACAAACAAACAGGGGAACAAUUUGCAUGUAAAACAAUUGCUAAGAGGAAAUUAGUGAAUAAAGAGGAUAUUGAGGAUGUAAGGAGGGAAGUGCAAAUUAUGCACCAUUUGACAGAACAACCAAACAUUGUUGAACUCAAAGGGGCCUAUGAGGACAAACAUUCUGUGCAUUUGGUCAUGGAAUUGUGUGCUGGAGGGGAACUUUUUGAUAGGAUUAUAGCUAGAGGACAUUAUACAGAAAGAGCAGCAGCUUCAUUGUUGAGAACAAUUGUGCAAAUUGUACAUACUUGUCAUUCAAUGGGGGUCAUUCAUAGAGAUCUUAAACCUGAAAAUUUCCUCCUACUUAGUAAGGAUGAAGAUGCACCUCUCAAGGCUACUGAUUUUGGUCUUUCUGUGUUCUACAAGCAAGGAGAUGAGUUUAAAGACAUAGUCGGGAGCGCGUAUUACAUAGCACCAGAAGUUUUGAAGAGAAAAUAUGGUCCAGAAGUUGAUAUUUGGAGUAUUGGAGUUAUGUUAUAUAUUCUUCUUUGUGGUGUUCCUCCUUUUUGGGCAGAAUCUGAAAACGGAAUAUUCAACGCGAUAUUGCGUGGACAUGUUGAUUUUUCAACUGAUCCAUGGCCUUCAAUAUCUAGUGGAGCUAAGGACCUUGUUAAAAAAAUGUUGAAUUCAGAUCCCAGUCAAAGGUUAACAGCAGUUCAAGUUCUAAAUCAUCCGUGGAUCAAGGAGGAUGGAGAGGCACCAGAUGUACCACUUGACAAUGCUGUUCUGAAUAAGCUCAAAAACUUUAGAGCUAUGAACAAGUUCAAGAAAGUCGCUCUUCGGGUUAUUGCAGGGUGCCUCUCAGAGGAAGAAAUUAUGGGAUUAAAGCAGAUGUUCAAAGGAAUAGAUACUGAUAAUAGUGGCACAAUUACACUUGAGGAGUUGAAGCAAGGAUUAGCUAGACAAGGCAACAAAUUAUCAGAUUAUGAAAUCAAACAAUUAAUGGAGUCUGCUGAUGCUGAUGGAAAUGGAACAAUUGAUUAUGAAGAGUUCAUCACAGCAACAAUGCAUAUGAAUAGAAUGGACAGAGAAGACCAUCUUUACAAAGCUUUCCAAUACUUUGAUAAGGAUAGCAGUGGGUAUAUUACAAUGGAAGAGUUAGAGCAAGCUUUAAGAGAAUUUGGUAUGAAUGAUACAAAGGAUAUAAAGGAAAUCAUUUCUGAAGUUGAUUCUGACAAUGAUGGUCGUAUCAACUAUGAUGAGUUUGUAGCUAUGAUGAAGAAAGGAAAUCCAGAAAUAGCAACAAACGUAAAGAAGCGAAGGGAGGUUCUCGUCAAUUAAUUGUUGUUGUUGAUAUGAGAAGAAAUUGGCAACAAAAAAAAAAAAAAAAAAAAAAAGCAAAGUUAUUUGUGUCUUUAUUGAAGGGAGGGAGACCAAAUUUCAAGGUUUAUAGAUGCUCUUGUAUAUUAACUCAUUUGUUAAAAAUAUUAAACGAAAAAAAAGAAGAAAAAUGCAAUGAAAACAAUAAUAAGAUGUAGAAUUUGAUGGAUAGGUUGGAAUUUAAGGGUCCUUUUUGGGUAAUGGUUGAUUUUGAGUUGGAAACAAUGGGGUAUUCAAUGUAUCUAUCUAUAUAUAAAAUAUAACAUAAUGUAUAAUAUACACAUACAAGUGUAUAUAUAUUUUGUGCAACACUAAAGAUAGAUAUUAAGUUUUGUUUUCUAAUGAAUAACCUUUUGGAUAUUAGUUUUA